AGAAAGACAUCCAGCGUUUGCGUUCAGUCCUCAGUGAGCUCUCAGCUGUCUGACAGGAUGGAGGACAUCUGCGGUGGACUCCCCGCACCGGCUGCUUCACUGUCCCUCUGUUCUCUGGAGCUUCUGCGCGUCUUCUGACGAAAACCACACAGUGAGGUUGGAUGAGGCAAACCUCCGUGUGCUUUUAAUGGACAGUUAGUUUUUAUACUUGUGCAGGUUUGCAGUGUGCAAAGUGUGCUGUAAUAGUCAGCUGUCAGGAGAUGCAUUCGCUUUCCACGUGGAUUCACCUCUGAUUUUCUUUUCCCACAAUCCGACAAAGCUGUCAGUGGACUGUGGUUGGAGGAGAGUGCUGAACGCGAUGCGGACCCGAUCCCCGAGUGCUGCUGCGCCCCCUGAACAUGUGCAACACGUUACCGGCCGCACACGCCGUCAGUAACCGCGCCUGGAGCCCUGAAUCCGGCUGAAACAUGUUCCUGCUGUGGGUCCCGGUGACUUUGUUCCUCAGCUUCAUCGUGUCUCAGACGUGGAGCGUUCAGUUGUCGUGGGAAAACUGGCACGCCGAGUCGCGCAACCGAGGGAAUGAGUUCCACAAGCCGAGCUCUCAGCCGCACAUCGUCUUUAUCCUGGUGGAUGACCAAGGCUUCCGGGAUGUUGGGUACCACGGCUCAGAGAUCAAGACCCCGACUCUGGACCGGCUGGCAGCGCAGGGAGUCAAACUGGAGAAUUACUAUGUGCAGCCGCUCUGCAGCCCGUCCAGGAGCCAGCUCAUGACCGGCAGGUAUCAGAUCCACACAGGCCUUCAGCACUCCAUCAUCCGAGCUACCCAGCCAAACUGCCUACCCCUGGAAAAUGUCACACUGCCCCUGAAGCUCAAGCAAGCAGGCUACUCCACCCACAUGGUGGGCAAGUGGCACCUGGGCUUCUACAAGCGUGGCUGCCUGCCCACCCAGCGUGGCUUUGACUCUUUCUUUGGCUCCCUGCUAGGGAGUGGGGACUACUACAGCCACUAUAAAUGUGAAGGGCCUGGUAUGUGUGGCUACGAUUUGUACGAAGGGGAAGAGGCAGCUUGGGAACAGGACCGUGGCUUGUACUCAACUGUGAUGUUUACUCGAAAGGCUAUCAAUAUCUUAGCCAAUCACAACCCUCGCUCACAACCCUUGUUUCUCUACUUAGCCUAUCAGGCAGUUCAUUCCCCACUGCAGGUUCCCGCUCGCUACCUUGAGCGCUACAAGGGUAUUCCAAACCUGCAUCGUCGUAAAUAUGCCGCCAUGGUGUCCUGUCUGGACGAAGCUAUCCACAACCUCACGUUAGCGCUAAAACGCUACGGUUAUUAUGACAACACAGUUAUAGUGUACUCCUCAGAUAACGGGGGCCAGCCAUUAGCAGGUGGAAGCAACUGGCCCUUGAGGGGGAGUAAAGCCACCUACUGGGAAGGUGGGAUUAGGGCGGUGGGCUUUGUUCACAGUCCCCUUUUGGUAAACAAAGGAACAAAAUGUCGAUCUUUGGUCCACAUCACUGACUGGUUCCCCACACUAGUGACACUGGGUGAAGGGACUUUAGACGAAGAUCUAAAUCUGGAUGGAUAUGACGUCUGGGAGGCUAUCAGUGAAGGCCGUCCAUCUCCUCGUCAGGACAUUCUUCAUAACAUUGACCCAAUCUACAUAAAAGCCAAAAAUGGCUCAUGGAAGGCUGGGUACGGCAUAUGGAACACGGCCAUCCAGGCGGCGCUCCGGGUGGGCCACUGGAAGCUCCUGACGGGGGUCCCCGGCUACAGCGACUGGGUCCCCCCACAGACCUUCUCCAACCAACAGCUAAUGAAUCGUUGGCAUAAUGAGCGCGUCCGUUGGGACCGUGGUAAGUCCAUCUGGCUGUUCAACAUCACAGCUGACCCUUACGAGAGAGUGGACUUGUCUCAGCGCUACCCUCACAUAGUGAAGAAGAUGCUAAUGCGGCUAGCACAGUACAACAAGACAGCAGUGCCGGUACGCUACCCGGCUAAAGACCUGCGCUCUAAUCCUCAGUACAAUGGGGGAGUGUGGGGGCCCUGGUACAAAGACGAGAGGGAGGAGCAAGAAAUGGAUGAGAGAUACAAUAACCUGUUCACCAACCAUCUUGGAAAAAGGCGAUGGAAAAAGAAAUCAAAGAACAGAAAGCUCAAAAGGAGGGUACAAGAGUAGCCAGCCAUUUGUGAAAGACUUUGGUUGCCUUUUCUCAGGGAUCGACACUUCCUGUUUCAGGAUUGUCCUCUUCAGAACUCCAGUUAGUUUUAACUUGACUCCAGUACAUACUGUAUGAAAAACAAUGUGGAUGGACCUUUGAAAUGCCUCAAGAGAAUAAGAAAAAGAUCCACUUGUUCAAACACUACUGUCAUGCCCAGACACAACUGAGACCUCAUGUUAAUGUUACGGGCAUUUAAAGAAUGUUUAUUUUUCUAGAUUGUGUUGCAUGCUUGAACUGUUGUCACCUUUUGGAUUGUUCUGUUGAUUCAUGUUUCACUUAGAGUAGAAAAUAAAUCUUCUUAGACAGUUGCCAUAAAUUUUGGUGACAGAGAAAUAAAGUAAGACAUAGUUCUAUUAUGUUGUUGAUUGCAGCGAAACAGUAUCGUGGAAACAGAUGUAGGAUUUACAUGAUGUGUGAGUUGAUGUACGUUGCUUUUAUAAGCAGUCAGUCUGAGCUUUAGAAUAAUAGAUUUCGUUCCCUCUUUAAGAUGAUGUCUGGUCUGGCACCAGGCCAAACUGAAUGUAAGACAAACUAACAAAAUAAA